AUGAUCCUCCUCACCAACAGCGCGCCGCCCAAGCUCCACGUCUCGCGCCCGACGUCGACCACCGUCUGCUUCACCGUCUCCACCCGACCGAACGCUGACACGGUUCCCAAGAAGGCGUUGCUGUAUUUUUCGCACGCCGUCCGCCUCGGCCUCGGUGUCCUCAUCCUCGCGCUCUUCUGGACCAAGUGGCGGAGCUACUUCCCGCUCCCGGACCUCCCCGAUGGCGGUUACGAUAACGAUAGGUGGGAGAGGGCGCUGUUGACGAACCGUGUGGGUGUCAUGGUUGCUUGGGCGGCAGAACAGAUGGAUCGGAGGGCGCUGGCUGUUGGGGGGGCUGUUGGGCUGUGGGGAGUUGUGAGGAGGGGAUAUACUGAGGAAUCGAUUCUCGUUCUGAGAGGCCUCGGCGUGCAGACGUCCAGCUCGUCGCCAACGUACCUUUCAACCGCGACGACCAGGUUCAUCCCGACAGCGUCGAUACAGGAUAUAUUCAUUCAUGAGGCGUUCAAAGGGUUUGAGGUCAGAUUCUAUCUGUCCAUUGUGGUGGAGGGAGAGGAGGACACAGUGGUGGUGUUUCCGAACCUUCUCCCGAAGCGCCAGAUACUCGAGGAGGUGUGGCGUGGCACGAAGGCAUGCUUAUACGAGCCCAAGUCUUGA